UUGAAAUCACAGUGGAAGAGCAUAAGCAGCUAACAGAGAAGAAAGAUCUAGAGAUUUUAGAACUAACUAAACAGCUGAAAGCUCAAGAAAAGGAAAAGCAGAAUGAGAUAAUCAGAUUACAAAUAGAGUUCAAUACUAAACUGUCAAGACUACAGACUGAAACACGCAAAGUACAGACAACCCCCACAGCACUCCCUCAAAAUAUCUAUAGAAGGAAGCUUCAGCAUCUUCAAGAAGAAAAGAAUAAAGAAAUUGAAUUUCUCCGAAAUACUAUCAAAGACUUAGAAGAAAAGCUCGACAAAAGACUAUUUUAAACUGCAGCAAUUUUGAGAAUGACACAAGGCCACACGCUUUUAUUGAGGAGACAGAACUGAAAAGAGCCACACACACUGAAUUCACAGAUAUUUUCAUUUAUUAAAAACAUUGUUUGUCCAUAUGAAAGCUCUCCAUUGUAUAUUCUGAACUACUUUCCCUCUUGUAAGCAUUUACCAUAAAAAAAUUCAGGUUUUGUAGGUGAACUGGUUUCCCUAUUAAACCAUCAUGAAUAUGGCAAACACAAUCUGAAGAGUUUCUUUCUGUUGAACAUUUUCUUUCUUCUCUAAAUUCUCCAAACAGAACGUGCAAAAAUUCAGUUAAUUUGAAACAAUUAAUUAUACUAUUUUGCUACAUAAAGAUAGGAAUUAUACAAACACAUUUAAUCAUUUACAAAAGAUUAUCCAAACCAUUGGCCAGCAGAAAUGAUGGUUAAGUGUAGAUUUUAAAUUUUAUCACCAGAUAUUUUAUUCUGGUGAUAAAUGAAAUUAGUUAGCACUUGAUCCGUCCCAUCCCAUCUCUCUUACCUCAUGUUCCUAAAGACUGUUAUCCCAAACUUCAAAGGAACUUUGAGAGUGAAGAGUUUCAGAAACACAAAAAUUGAUU